AUGUUUCACAAAGGUCUCCCAUCAAGUAAUCAAAUCUGCAAAAAAUUAUGUUUUCAGCUUUUUCAGGAUUAUCAUCUCUUUCAAAGACCAGAUUUAGACAAAAGUUCAGGAAAGACUCAACUAUCUUUAAAGAUUGAUGCAAAGUUGUCAAGAGAGCAAAAGGUUGAGUGGUUUAUGCAACAACAAGAGAAAAAGUAUAAACUAUUUUCAAAAACUUUUGAUGAUCCUUGGUUUAUUCAACAGUGGUACAUUGAUAGACCUGAAGGAUCUAAUGAGCCAACAUUCAAUGUCAUUUCUGCUUGGGAAGCAGGCUACACAGGAAAAGGAAUAAUGGUGGCAGUAGUUGAUGAUGGAGUUGAUGGCAGUCACCCUGAACUGAAAGAAAACUAUAACUGGACCUUAAGUUAUGAUUAUGUGGCUAACAAACACAUGGAGUAUGGAACUGAGGUGUCAGGCCAUGGCAAUAAAUGUGCAGGUGUCAUAGCUGGAACACGAAAUAAUGAUUUAUGUGGAACAGGACUAGCUUAUGAAGCCAACAUUGCAGGUGUUCGCCUCUUUGAUAAUCACAUCUGGUCGAAUGAUGCGAGUGAAUCUAAAGCCUUGGUGCACAAACUACAAAGCGUUGACAUAUAUUCCAAUAGCUGGGGUCCUGGGGAUGUGGGCUGGGAAGUAAAAGGACCUGGACCACUGACCAGUAAAGCUCUAGAAAUUGGCACUUCAAAGGGUCGUGGUGGCCUGGGUGCCAUCUACACGUUUUCAGCUGGUAACGGUGGGCUAGAUGGAGACAGCUGUGCAUACAAUGGAUAUGUGAAUAGCAUAUACACCAUUGCUAUCAACGGUGUGAAUCAAGAUAACUCCCUUCCCAGCUACGCAGAGGAAUGCCCCGGAAUAAUGGCCUCUGCUUAUAGUAGAGAUUCAUACAGAAACUUCGGGAAAGUUGUAACUGUUGAUAACAAGAAAGGAUGUGUUCAUAAUUUCUCAGAUUCAUCAGCGGCUGCUGCUAUGGCUACAGGAUUGAUUGCACUAACCCUGCAAGCAAACCCUAAGUUAACCUGGCGUGACGUACAACACAUCAUUGCUCGCAGCGCAAGAGCAGAGCCUGGUGGAGUGAAACUCAAAGAAGGGGAUUGGAAGCAAAAUAAAGCGGGUCUAUUCUUUAGUAAGUAUUAUGGCUUUGGACUUAUGGACGCUGGCGAGAUGGUGAACCUCGCAAAGCGCUGGACAAAAGUCCCUCAGCACCUGAAGUGCGAGUUUGGAGGCAGUUACAAAACUGAGAAAAUCCCAAGUACAGUAUCAUUAGAAGUGAAAAAUUGCGAGAUAAAAUUCCUGGAACACGUACAAAUUCGAGUAAAUCUUGAUUUCUCUCGGCGUGGUGACUUGUUACUUCAUUUGAAGUCACCGAGUAACACAACCUGCCCAUUGACGCGAGACCGCUUUGUAGACAACUAUCAGAAAUUCACGAACUUGACAGACUGGCAUAUCACAACUCUCUUUCACUGGGGAGAGAAAGCGAAUGGGAGAUGGGAGCUCAAGAUUAGUGAUGCUCACACAAGAAACCCUAGUACAGGUAAACUUCAUCGCUGGUCGUUGAUAUUGUAUGGAACUUCUUCGGAUCCCCUUAAACCCAGUAUUAAAGACUACAUAACGCGAAAACCCACCAUCUCUCCAGUCCGGCCAACAAGAACAGUCACCAUGAAGACAUUUGCACCAACAUCUGAGCCAACCAAAUCAGUUCCAGUGCGGAUGAUCGUCGUAACUGUCUCAUCUGUGGUAAUUGUGUUCGCUUGCGUAUCCAGUGCCAUAGCAUAUUAUUACUUCCUGAAAAAAAGGACUCCGGUGCAGGACGAAAACCUACGAGAACAGCGCAAAGCGUCGCACAAGGAAAUUGAUUAUAAAUCAUCAAUGGGUCCUCAUAAGAAACCUCAAGGAGAUAUGGUUUAGGACUUUACUGACAAAUCAAUGUUAGCAGUAGCAAGUUUUUGGCUUUGACAAGCACAAUCUUCAAGACGAUAUAGUGUUAUUCAGAGGAAAAAACCAAGCAAGAUCGCGUGCUUUGAUAAAGAUUAGUGAUUUUUUGAGGUGGGGCUGAGCUUAGGUCGAAUUUAACCAUUUGAAUGGAAUAGGUAUUGAUGUUCUCCAGUUUCUUCCCUUUCUUUUCGCCAUUUUUGACAAUCUAUGAUUCUUUUAUUACUGUCACACUUAACAAACGAAUAGAGAUGUGAAUAUGUAUAUUCAAGUGAUGCCACUUGAGAAAAGGAUCCGACUCAUUUGCCCUAAGUUUUAUAGGUUGAAUAAUAAGGAAUGGAAGCAAAGUUUUGUCGUCGAUGUGAUUGAAUAGACAUUUCUCCCGUUAAACAGUUCGAUUCUAGCGUUAAAUAUAAAAUUAGCUUUGAGGAACGCCAAUUUACUGUUGAGACAACUCGCACAAUAAAAGAAAUUGUCCUAGGUUGCGUAAUCUAAUUCAAUGCUUCGAUAAAAAUUUCUUUGUCGUCACAUAGCUCUGCAUUGAAUAUUUUUGCAAAUUGUGAGUCCUGAAAGAUGUACGUAAUAAGUUAACUUUGUUUGCUGUGUUAAUGUUGUAAAGGUUGUGUCUAAGGAAUUUUAAUUCCUUAGAUAUAGUUCCUUAAAAGGAACUAUAUCACGAUAUUUCGUACUGCUUUCUUGGAUCUUUGAGAACUACAGAAUAUGUGUUAGGUUUUAUUGAGAGGAAC